UUCCUUCUAUUUUGUCCUGUUUCCCUUUCGUCUUUCUUUUCUCAGUGUCAGUUUCUUCUUUUACCUAACUCAACUCUCUCUCUCUCUCUCUCUAUCUCUCUCUUCUCUAAUCUUUGAUCCCUUCUUGAUCGAGUCGAUAUGAGUCAACUCGGUCUCAUUUUACAGGAAUCGCUCCGCACAGAGAGAGAAGCAAGAACCAUCCUGGGUAUGUUAACGGACCAAAUGGACGCCGUCGAUGGAGCUCAACGGAGGAGACGCACGUUCAAAGAACGCCUCAGAUUCUCCGGAAUGGGCUGCUGCGGGGCCACCUGGGUUUUCCGACCAACGCUAAGGGACGAAGGAGGACCACCGCCACCACAACCACAAAUACUACAACAAACAAACCCGGGUCAAGAUUCGAACCCGAACAGGCCCGAAUGCGUUGGUCCGAGAGGGUCGGGUUCGGGCAUGAAUCUUGCGGCGGCGCUGGCGGCGGAGAGGCAGCUGCGAGAAUCUGAAGAGGGGAGGAUGUCGUUGAUGCGGCUGUUGGAGGAAAAGGAGGGUGGUGAGGAUGCGGCUGUGGAUAAUGAUUCGGUGUGCUGCGUGUGCAUGGGGAGGAAGAAAGGGGCGGCAUUUAUCCCGUGUGGACACACUUUCUGUAGAGUGUGUUCGAAAGAAAUGUGGUUGAAGAGAGGUACUUGUCCCCUUUGUAACCGUUCCGUUCUCGACAUUCUCCACAUCUUCUGAAACUACUCAUCUUCAUCAUCAUCUUCCAUUUUCUUGGAUUCACCGGAACAUUUUAGAAAAAUAAAAUAAAAAAAAUUAAGUUCAUUUUUA